AUGUUGAUGUCUCCUUUCGUGGUAUACUCUACCUCGAAGGUGGUCGGCUCGCCCAGCGUCAUGUUUGAUCUCCUGACGGAAGCUGCGCAACUACAUCCCGUGGGUGGCAACCAAGACGGGUCAUAUCUCACCAUGAGAAGUGUCCAAGGAGGUUUCCUGGGCCUGAUCUUCGCUGGAGCUGGGUUUGGAGGCAGCGUCGACCCUCAACUCGCCCAGAAAGCCAUUGCCGCCAACCCAGCCAGCACCCUGAUGGGCUAUCUCUUCGGUGUUAUCGCGUGGUUUUCCAUUCCAUUCUGUCUGGCCACGACUUACGGUCUUCUCGCCGCGGCGACCGAACAUCUCCCUGCUUUUCCCACAUAUCCAAAUCGGAUGAACGCCUUCGAGGUUGCUUCUGGCAUGGCAAUGCCUUACGGUGCCAUGGCGGUGAUGGGUAACGGUGGUGCAGCUGCUAUCCUGACCAUGAUCUUCAUGGCGGUAACAUCCUCCUUUUCCUCCGAGACCAUGGCUGUCACUGCUUUCAUGACAUACGAUGUCUAUCAAGCCUACAUCAACCACAAGGCCACCGGAAAGCAGCUCGUUCGGUUUGGCCAUUUCAUGGUGCCGGCUUCUGCUGUUUUUGCCGCGGCAAUUGCAGUCGGAUUGAACCAUGCAGGGUUUAACGUCUCAUUCAUUGUCACGGCCGUCGGUGUCUUUGUCGACGGUGCUUUCAUUCCCAUGGCCUGUUCGAUUUUCUGGCGUAGACAAAACCUCCUCGCCGUCACACUUUCACCCAUCAUCUCGUCGAUCGCGGGUAUCCUCGCGUGGUUCUGGGUCGCACGACACGAAUCGGGCCAUAUCUCCAUUACCACGCUUUCAAGCAAUCUCGCCCUCGUUGCUGGAAGCAUGAUGUCUCUCCUCGGGCUGGUCGUGCUGGUGUCGUUGUUCACCUUCAUCAAGCCAGACAACUAUGAUUGGGAAUUACUCAAAAAGAUCAAACUGGCAGAAGACGCGCUCGAUGUGAACCGCAGGGCUCGAAUCCCCGCCACAGUUUCACGUCGAGGCAGAAGAGACCAUGAGGAGUCCCUCGGAGGUCCAGCGCGAGGAUGA